AUGGCGCCUGACAGGGGAAUCGAAGAAGCGACCGCAUCUCUCGAUCUUGGAUCCCGACAUGACGAGCUUGCUACUGAGAAGAAACCUGCGACAGAGACAAUUCCACCUCACUUGUCGCACGACCCUGCCACAAAUGCGAAGCGAUCAGACCCUUUUCAGUUCGGACAGCGAUUUCUGUCAGAAGACGACGAUGUCUUUGCCUACAACGCAUGGGAUCACGUAGAGCCAGACACGGCGCAUUACCAGUACUGCGAAACCCAAUAUGCCGCGCAACGCGCUUCUCCCGUCUCCGACUUUGACAGGGCCCGCUUUAACGACCACCCAGAGAAAUGGUGGGACCUGUUCUACAAGCAAAAGACAAGUACAUUUUUCAAGGAUCGAAAGUGGCUUGUUCAAGAGUUUCCCGUACUAAGCGAGGUUACAAGGCCAGACGCCGGUAAGAAAGUAGUUCUCGAAAUCGGCGCAGGAGCUGGAAACACGGCGUUCCCAAUACUGAGAAUGAAUAAGAAUCCGGCCUUGAAGCUGUUUGCGGUGGACUUUAGCAAAAAAGCGGUUGAAACAAUGCGGAGCGCAAAGGAUUACACGGAGUCGAAUGGUGUUAUGGCAGCGGAGGUAUGGGACGUGGCAGGAGAAACCCUGCCUCCUGGUGUCGACGAAGGCAGCGUGGACAUUGUGAUUAUGAUCUUCAUCUUCUCAGCACUGAGUCCCAAGCAAUGGCAGCAGGCUCUGAUCAAUAUUCAGCGAGUCCUCAAACCGGGCGGGGAAGUAUUGUUCAGAGAUUACGGACGAGGCGAUCUCGCUCAAGUCCGCUUCAAGGCUGGACGGUGGAUGGAGGAUAAUUUCUAUGUUCGUGGAGACGGCACCAGAGUAUAUUUCUUUGAAAAGGAAGAGCUCGAAACGAUCUGGGGCGACGCCUUCGACAUAUGCAAUCUGGAUGUGGAUCGGCGGCUGAUUGUCAACCGACAACGGCGCAUCACCAUGUACCGGUGCUGGAUUCAGGGACGCUUCCGAAGGAAGGAUGGCACCGAGUAG